GCAGCAGCAGCAGGAUGGCCUCCAACACUGCCACCAUGGGGAACCUCCCCAGCGGGGUCGGAAUAUGUACAACUAUCCCCGACAUCCUCUACCUACCAGAACUGAUCUUCGGCGGACUGGUGUGGAUCCUGGUGGCGUGCACGCUGGUGGUGCCGCAGAACCCUCAGGGCUGGGUCAUGUUUGUCUCAGUCUUCUGCUUCGUCAUGACUUUUAUUUGGAUGGUGGUGUUCGCCUGUGGGGGGCAUCAUAACAAGGGCAGCUGGGCAGCAGCAGACUUUGUGUAUCAUGGCAUCGCUGCCUUCUUCUACCUCAGUGCUUCAGUGGCCUUGGCCAAAGUGACCCUGGAUUUAAAAGAUGGGGACAACUUUCAAAACUACCAGCUGGACAUCUCGGCAGUGGUUUUCUCAUACGUGGCAACUUUCCUCUACUUCAUCCACACUAUCCUGUCUGCCAUCCGAUGGAAAUCUUUCUAGAGGUUUCCUCCCUGUAGAGCUUCAGAAGCGGCACCAGAACAAAACUGAUUUUUAUUCUUGUACGUAAAGCUGUGGCACACUGACAUGAAGGGACGGUUGACAGUGAUGGGGACUCUCCGAUUGUAGUUUUGACUUUUUACUUCUUACUGGAAGAGGAAGCUGUGGAGCAACAUCUGGUUCAGCACAACAUCUCACAGUGUCCAGCGCUUGGAAGCAGGAUGUGAAUGCACAGCUGAGACUGUACAGCCAGCCAACCCUGAUGCUUUGUGUCACAGACCUGCUUCAUCUCUUCUGCUAAUGGAUCCAGACAACUUCCAGACAACUUACAUCACACAGUAACUGUCUCUACUAAGGCUGAUGUAGAUGUGAUGAGAGCACAAGAAAACACAGAAUACACAUAUGGACAGAUAAAUAAUAUGAUAAUAAGUUCUGAUCCACAAGUUUUUAGUUUCUGGAUUCUCCUUAAAUCUUUGAUUUGGUGUGAAAAGCUGGACCGGUUAUUGGAAAGAAACUAUUGGAGAAGGUUGAGGAAAAUGAUAGAAAAUGGUGGACAUCCCGUCAGACAUCUGAGACCUAAAGAGAUACAGCGCUGUAGUUUGGUAUUCUUGUUUUACUCUCAGCUGAUUAGAGAAAGGGCAUAGUUAGGUUGUUUUUAUAUAUUUUUUAAUAAAUUUAUUUACAUUGUCAAAUAGAAUAAAGCUGAAUGAAUAAGUUGUGGAUCAGACUUCAGCCAGGAUUGUAAAUGAUGCUCCUUUUUUUGCUUUUGUAAUGUAACUGUCAGCUUCAUUUUUGUAUUUUUUUGG